CCGCUGACCAGAGAAAACACUCGAUAGCGAAUGCGAGAGGGGAUUUAAAUUGGACAAAUCUUGUCCACCGUACUUGACGGAUAAGGUAGUUUACAGCUUUGUUCAUGCCGUCCGUUCUAAUCCGCUUGUAACGCCGCGUACCUAAUACUCUAACAUCGAAAUGGACCGAUGUUAGCUAGCUUGUAAUGUCGGCAGUGUUGGACUUGUUUUCCCUGCUUGAUCCUGCUUCCUGUUAGCCUUGGGCUAGCUGGAAAAUCGAAAUUAUGCUAAUGAACGAGCAGCUAUAGUUAGCCAACGCGAAGGGGUGUAACUUAACUUCACAGAGUAGGCUACUCGUUGCAUUUAAGUUGCAAUUUAUUCCAAAAUCUAUGCUCAUAACUUUGUCUCACAGCCAGCAACGGGAGCAGCUGAUUUCUUUUAGUUUGCUAACGCUCGGUAGCUAGCCAUCUUGCUUGUGGGAUUUAAGUAUUAAACUUGGCGAACGUUGGCUUUUGGUCGCAAAGACAGAGACGUUGAUAUCGGUCAGCUGCACUUGCAUGUAAAUAUAUACUUUGGCAACAGGCUUACUUGUAUCGGAGCCACUCUUGUGCUCGUAAAAUACUUUUAUUUUACAGUGAGGAAUCCAGCCAAUGCUCUGUACUGAAAAGACAAUAGAGAACCUGAGACAUGCUCAGCUUUUGUACUGGGAACGAAUGGAACCACUGAACUAACUUAGAUACAAUCGUGUUUACAGCAUCGUUUUGCUAUACAGCAUAUUAAUGUAAUUACUUAUGCAAGUUUUAAAGUGGUGAAAUAAAUAGGCGGUGUGCGGUUAAGUUGACCCGCGUAGACACCAGAUACUGUGAGAAAAGUGGAUGGACUCCGUGCAGAUGGUGCUUGUGCGACGUCUGAGGGUUGCGCUUCCCUGAACCUCCAGGUAUCUCCCAUUAAAACAUCUGCUUUAGCUAAAUGAACACGUUUGCGGUGACCAGUCGUCAUCAGAGAUAACUAGGUGGAUAGAGAGACGAGGAGAACCGGUCUGAAGAGGGAGGUUCCUGCCCGUUUCUGAACGUCCAUCUCUCCAGUUUACCUCCAUCACGUCCAUCCACCACCGCCCUGCUUCUCCCCCGCCAUGGACCCCCCGAGGACUCGGUCACGGUCUCGGUCUGGUUUCUUUCAUUUCGGCAUGAACAGCGUUGGAAGCAGCGGCGGUGGAAACGCGGCCGGUAACGGGAGUAUGAUGAACGCCAGCGGAGGAGGGGGAAGCUACCAACAGCAGAGUAAUCCCGGGUGGGCGCCUCAUCACGGUGGUCGCAGCCACCCGGAGAGCCAGCAGCACACCCAGGGGAGCUACCUGUCCGCAGGGGCGCAGCGCCACUCUUCGCACGGAGCUCACAGACACCCCGGGGCCGGAGGAGUGCUACAUUUUCAUCCAGAUAAUGUGUGCAGCGAGGACCGGGACAAAAUGGAAGACAGCCCGAGCCCGAAAAGGCAGCGUCUUUCCCAGCAGUCCAUGUUGGAUUUAAGCUCCGCCCCUCCCUCUACUCCGUCAUCUCCCAUUCGCCCAUGGGAGCUGCCGCCCAGCCGCAGACCACACCCCCACUACAUGCCAGAGAGAUGCCACACGCCUGUUCGCAACCGUCGCAGUCCUCCAAUGAGGCGCCAGCGGGGCCGAAGAGACCGCCUGACUCGCCACCAUCACCAUGCCCACAACAACCACCACCACUACAACAACAAUAACAACCAUCAUCACCACCAUCACCACCCCAACGCUCAUCACCAUCACCACCACUUGCACUCCCACCAUGGCCCGUCGCCAGGCCAUCAGGAUGAAAACUACCGUCAUCCGGCUCCCCCUCAGGGUUACCCACCCUAUAGCCAGCAACCUCCUCGAGGGCCCGGACUAGGCCCCGGCCCUGAAGAGCGCCCGGGCUACCAUCCUCCAAACCCCUCCCCGAGGCCUCUGCACCAGUCCCCAAACCUGUCUCCCCGGCUGCUGCACCCUGCGGCUCAUCCACAGCACCCACAUCCCCACCCAUCCCAGCAGCAAAGCAGUGUGGUGCUGGACCUCCAUGAGCAGGGUUCAGCUCCAGGGUCGUAUCCCAUGUCUUCUCCUGGGGCGCCACCGGGCCUGCCGCCUCGCUCUGCCCCACAACAGAUCCCAGCAUGCUCUGUGGUCUUCAGUGGACAGCACUAUCCAGUCUGCAGUGUCCCGCCCCCUGUUCUUCAGACCUGUUCUGUGCAACACUUACCCAUGCCCUACCCAUUCCCAUCCCUGCUGUCCAGUGAUCCAGCCUUCCUACUUCCUCCUCCACACCUACCCCACCCCCCAACACACCUUUCCCAUCACCCACCUCACCUGCCACAGCCUGGACAGUUUGGGCCUUAUCCAACCCAGCAGGCACGGUCGCCUUUGCAGAGGAUAGAAAAUGACGUGGAGCUGCUUGGAGAGCACCUGUCUUUGGGUGCAGGGCUCCACUAUCCCCCCGCCACCCACCCUGCUCUCACCCCACACUCCACCCAGCUUCACUUCCUGUCCCACGACCCUCUGCCACAGGAGUUCUUUGGAGUGUCCUAUCCUAACUUCAUUCCUCGACGUAUCCCGGGUCGACGGUAUCGAUCACAACAACCACUGCCACCUUCGCCUUACCACCCCAGCCUCCUGCCUUACUUCCUUUCAAUGCUGCCAGUCCAGCCUACAGGCCCUGCAAUCAGUCUGGAGCUGGAUGUAGAUGAUGGAGAAGUGGAGAACUACGAGGCCCUUCUGAACCUCGCUGAGCGUCUAGGAGAGGCCAAACUUCGAGGACUGACCAAGGGAGAUAUUGAACAACUUCCCUCCUAUCGGUUCAAUCCUAAUAACCAUCAGUCUGAACAAACACUGUGCGUGGUGUGUAUGAGUGAUUUUGAGUCCCGCCAGUUGUUGCGUGUCCUGCCCUGCAGCCACGAAUUCCAUGGAAAGUGUGUGGACAAAUGGCUGAGGGCCAACAGGACGUGUCCCAUUUGUCGGGCUGAUGCUUCUGAAGUGCAGCGAGACUCAGAGUGACCACAUGAGGGAGCUAGACACUUCUUAUUUUCUGUCAAACACCUUCAGCACUGCCUGUUCCUGAUCUAUUGAGACACAUGUGCGUGCUCAUACACACACUCUCACACACAACCUUAUCUUGCCUUUUUGUGCAGCACUUUCUCUUCCAUUUCCCCUUGUUCUUUUUGAUUCCUCAGUCUCUUCUCCUAAUGUUAGGCCUGACUUUUUUUUCUUUACUUAUUUCCUUUUCUUUCCCUGCUCACAUGCACACAUGCCCUCACAGUUUUCUGUGAAUAAUGUUCCUGCCUGACCCACAGUUUUGCAGUGCUGCAUGUGUGUGUGGGUGUGUGUGGGUGUAUGUGUGUGUGUGCACGUGCAUGCACCACAACUGUGCAAGCUUUGAUUGGUCAGCCCUAUGAUAAAGGGCCUUGGUACAUGAUUGAUUGUGUGUGGAUGUGUGUGAGUGUGAGAUUUGUAGGUGUUUUGGAGCAUGAGUUUUUGUUGUGUAUCAGACAACAGAGUAAUGACAAUGAGAGUAUUUCUCUCUUGAGUGACUGACUUUACUUCCUGUUUGUACGUUUAUGCACUGUCUGUCUGUAUGCAUACUAUGUGUGUAUGUAUGUUAUAGACUUAAUUCCUUUUCUCUAGUUUGACACUAAGGGUCCAUGCUGCCACUAUGCUUCUUGGUUGCCUAUUUAAUCUUUUUGUUUGGGAUUAUUAUUAUUAUUAUUAUUAUUAUUAUUCCAUGAUUAUAUUUGUUUGUUUUCCUGCCUGGCAGUUACCUCAUCAUUCCGGUUUUGGUCGCUAUUCAUUACUAGUGCUUCACAGCGCUACUGUUGAAAGUAAGCACAUUAUAUAUAUUUUUUUCUUUUCCUGUCGUUUCUUAGCAAACAUAAUUUUGUCUGUGACUUUGCAGUGGCACAUGUGUUACAUAUAUACAUAUAUCUAUAUAUACUGUAUAAAUCUAAUGAAUAUCUGUAUACCAAAUAAAAGGCUUGAUAAGAACUUUUUAAA